AUGCCUUUAAUCAUGAUGUCCGGCUUCCCAGCCUCUGGUAAAACCACACGGGCUAACCAGAUCCGCGAUUUUUUCAAUUCCAAAAUCGCCGAAUUAUCGCCCACCGAUCCUCGGGUUGCUCGUCUCAAGUUACAUGUCGUCAGCGAUGGGGGUCUAGGGGUAUCAAAGGAAGUUUACAGAGAAGCAAGGCCGGAAAAGGAUGCACGAGCGACUUUCUACGGUGCCGUCAAGCGGUUGUUAUCUGCUGACGAUAUUGUAAUCGCCGACGGCAUGAACUACAUCAAAGGCUACAGAUACCAACUUCAUUGCGAAUCCAAAGCUCUUCUGACCCCCUCUUGCGUCAUAUACGUUGGAACUCCGGCCGAAAAAUGCAAGGAAUGGAAUGCAGCGAAGGGUUCCGAGAAAAGGGAAGGAGGGGAAGAAACGGGAGGAGAAGGGAAGGGGGAUUCUUGGGAGGCUUACGCACCGGAUGUUCUGGAUAACUUGAUAUUUCGAUAUGAAGAACCAAAUGGGAUGACGAGGUGGGACAGCCCCUUGUUUGUUGUGCCGUGGAUGGAUGAGGAUAUACCUGGCGAGGAAAUUUGGAAUGCUAUGGUGAAUAAUGAGGCGGUUAAGCCGCAUCUGGCGACGGUGCUGAAACCUGCGGCGGAGGCAAAUUAUUUGCAGAUUCUGGAUAAGACGACGCAGGAUGUUGUAUCCGCUGUCUUGGACUAUCAAAAGACGAAUGGUGCGGGAGGCUCCGUCAAAAUAUCGGAAGCAUCGACUACAAUCGAGCUACCUGCCAACCACGUCGGGCUUGCACAAUUGCAGCGAAUACGAAGGCAGUUUAUAUCAUUCAACCGACAACACACAGCCGAAAGAACAAGGCUAAAAAGUAUGUUUGUUGAAUAUCUAAACAAGGAGUUGGAAUAG